AUGACAGAUGUGAUUGAAGCACUCGAAGAAUUCGGUAUUUGUCUCGAGUCAAUUUGGCCAUACGAUAUUAAAAUGGUAAACAGGCCUCCAAAUAACGAGGCAUAUGAAGCAGCAAAGGAUCAUAAGAUCACUGAAGCUUUACAAGUCAAUAUUGAUUUAUACGAAAUGAAAUCAUGUUUAGCGCAAGGUUUUCCAUUUGCAUUCGGUUUAAAACUGUUUGCAUCGUUCGAUCAAGCUACUAACACCGGUGUUGUACCUAUGCCAAGUGCAACUGAUCGUAGUCGACAAUCACACGGAAAUCAUGCUCUAUUAGCCGUCGGCUAUAGUGAUCAAUCACAAGCAUUUAUUGUUCGAAAUUCAUGGGGAGAAGAUUGGGUGGGAUAUUAA